AUGGCGGUGAAAUCGGCAGAGGUCUCUGAUUCGGAGUCAAUCCGGCAUGAGGCAGAGGUUCUGUUGGAUAUUAAGGGUUGCCCUUUUAUCAUUGAGCGCUUUGGUGAAGAAAUCACAACCAGUGAAGAGGGUGGUGAUCACAUGGUCUAUAACUUGUUGCUGGAAUUUGCCCCUGGAGGAACUCUUGGUGAUCUGAUUGAGAAAUCCAACGGUCAUGGAUUGCCUGAAGCUGAACCGGAAAACAUUCUGCUUGUGCCAAAUCAUGCAACUAGUACUGGUAGUUUUGUGGCUAAGAUUUCAGAUUUUGGAUUGGCUAAGAAAACCAAGGAGAAUUGCGGUCAAUGGAGAGGCAUUCCUACGUAUCUGUCCCCAGAAGCCUUGAAUGAUAGUGAGCAGGAGCCGCCCUCUGAUAUAUGGUCUCUUGGUUGUAUCGUACUUGAGAUGCUAACCGGCAAGUCCUUCUCAGAUUUAAAGCCUGGUUGUGAACUUGAAGAUUCCCGAAAUCCCUGCUGA